AUGGCUAGCAAUUCUCGUUGUGCAGCUUGCAAAUAUUUGAGGAAAAGAUGUCCAUCAGAUUGUAUUUUCUCACCUUAUUUCCCUUCAAAUGAUCCUAAAAGAUUUGAAAAUGUGCACAAAAUCUAUGGUGCCAGCAAUAUUGCCAGAAUGCUUCAGAGGAUUCCAGUGCACUUGAGAGAAGAUGCAGCAAAUUGUUUACACUAUGAAGCACAUUGUCGAGUUCAAGAUCCAGUUUACGGUUGUGUUAAACUCAUUUACCAACUACAACAAGAAUUAAAUGUGGCCCAAAAUCAACUGGUUAAGGCCCAAGCUGAAAUUGCAUUACUACUCAACGUUUAUGGGCCUCCAGAAGACUAUAUUUCUGGGCCACAAACUAGUGAAGAAGAUUUAUCAUAUAGCUUUGAGAACUGCUACACUCAGCCCAAUAUUCAUGGGCAUCUGCCAUUGGAUCCAUCUUCAAUGGGCUCUGGAUUAAUGUAG